AUGAUUUAUUUAGAGCCUUAUUGUAAAGGAAAGGAUAAAAGUGGACGAAAAAGGGACACCGAGAUGCUUACACCUCCAGACAUUCAAUCAGAUAAUCUGGAUAGGGACCGACAGCAAGAAACCAAAAAUGAUCAUCUUCGACCUGGGUUCGUCUUCAUUUUAUACAUCACGUUAGAGCCUCAUCCAGAUUGUACCUUAUGGCCGUUCGACUGUGACUACUAUUUGGGACACCGGUUUCGACUAAAUGGUUCGACCGUUGUUGACUCCAAUAAUGAUGUGGUUGAGGUGUGCGCUGACAGCGAAUCUAUAUUGCAGUCUAUCAAGAGAGAGAAUGGGGUACUUCUAGCUUGUGCAUCUCGGACUUCGACCCCGGAAAUAGCUCGUCAACUUGUUCAGCUCCGUGGCUGGCAUUUACUGUUCGACUUCAUGGAAAUUUACCCAUCGUCCAAGGUUAAGCAUUUCACCGCGUUAUCGAAGAAAACAGGUGUGCAUUUCAAUGAGAUGAUCUUUUUCGACGACUUGGACUGGAAUAUUCGGGAUGCAAAACAGCUUGGGUUGCACGCUCACCAUGUCCCAAACGGAAUUACCACCGGUUUGGUUCGUCGCGCCCUUGAAGAAUACCAAAAAUGGCGUGAAAACCAAUCCUGAUCGAUCGUCCAAACCUCUACGAAGCUAGUCUUUCACUGAGAGAUCAUCACUUCCUUCUGCAUGUUUCUACCUCCUGCACACGUUAUUUUUUGAUAUGUUUGUCUUCAAACUCACUGUUUGUGUAAAGUCGCUUCUUUGGUUUUUCUGUCUAGACGAAGCGC